UUUAAAACGGCGCCAGAAUGGGUUACGUAAAACAAGAGAAACAUCCAUUGGAAUACGAAUAUCUUCAACCGGAGCAUCUGAAAGGAUUCGAUUCAUAUAAAUACAAUUGCGUCGACAACUCUCCAUUAUCAGUUUAUGUUUCACACCCAUUCUGGAAUUGGCUAGUAGUAUUUUACCCACGAACAUGGGUUCCGAAUGUACUCACAUUAGUAGGAUGGGGAUUUGUAAUGGCUGGAUUCUUUAUCGAAGCAUAUCUAGAUUAUUCUAUUGAUCGAAAUUCCGAUGGCUCAACUAAUCCGAUACCCGAUUGGUUCUGGUUUGCAGCGGCCGCCUGUACAUUCUUAGGACAUACAUUAGAUGGAACAGAUGGAAAACAAUCAAGAAGGAUUGGAGCCAGUGGUCCAACUGGAGAACUUUUCGAUCAUGGUCUCGAUUCGUGGUCGACAGUUCCGUUCACAAUCACAAUUUUCUCGAUUUUCGGACGUGGAAGGUUCAGUAUUUCAUCAGUUGAGCUGUUAUGUGUACUCAUCAGUACACAAAUCGUCUUUUUCACAACACAUUGGGAAAAGUAUAACACUGGAAUUAUGUUCCUCUCCUGGGCAUAUGAUGUCAGCCAGUUUGGCCUAGUAAUUGUGUACCUAUGGACAUACAUUGUCGGCUAUCAAUGGUUCCACUUUGAUGUUCUUGGUGGAAUUGUCAAUUUCGCAUUCACUUUUGAAAUCGGAUUUUAUAUGUGCUGCCUGAUGUCCCUAAUUGCUUCUGCAUACAAUGUGCAUAAAGCCGAAAAGCUGAAACAACCGACGAUUCUCGCUGGGAUUCGUCCAGCGUGGCCAGUGGUGAUCCUCUUCGGAUCUUCCAUUUAUUGGGCAGUCCAUUCACCAACAAACGUCAUUGAUGCGGAUCCACGAUUCUUUUUCUUUUGUAUGGGAACUGUUUUCAGUAAUAUUACUUGUCGCCUAAUCAUUGCACAAAUGGCCAGCACAGUCUGUGAUAUCUACAAUCUAACCCUCGGAAUUUAUCUAUCAACCAUUGCGUUAUCAUUCUAUAAUCCAUCAAACGAGCUUCCAAUUCUACGUGUCUCAACUCUAGUCAUCACUGCUCUCCAUCUUCAUUAUGGAAUCUGCGUGGUUCGCCAACUCUGCCGCCACUUCAAAAUUUACGCCUUCGACGUCUCGUAUCUUCAAAAUCGAAGCAAAUAAUUGGAUAGCAACUAAACGAAAAUAAUAACACUCAAAGUGUACUAAUUGUUUUUUUAAAUAAUUUUUAUCAUCUUUUUUUUUGAAACCUUCCUGUCCCAUUUUCAGUUUAGUUAUUUUUAACGAUUUCUUUGUGUGCUACUUUCCAACGCUUUUGUAGAUUUCAAAUAAUUUUUGAAGUUGUAAACAACUUUUCGAUUUUUGUAGACCGCCUUUUUAAACAAAAAAGGAUAAUAAAAUGUUUGAUAUUUC